CGUCGGGACGCGGAACGGACGGCCGUGGUCGCACCACAAGGCGGCUCCUCAUUGGAAGCAGUCGCCGUCGGCGGUAGCUCCCUGUCUCAGAUCGCGCCACGUCGCGCGCGGUGACCUCUGGUGUUUUUUCUGAGGCGCUUCCCCGCCCCAACCCCUCCUUGCCCUUUAAUAACCGCCCAUCCCGCUGCGUUCCGACACCUGGCCGUCCUCCACGCCGCGAUCCCCAUCUAAAGCGAGCGCUGCCCACCAUGUACUAAAAACAAAGCAGAUUGAAGGCGUCGAGAAGGGAAGAAUUUGAGGAACAUGGGUGGAGGAGCGGAUGGGGAGACGCCGCUGGCGCGGCAGGGAUCGAUCUACUCGCUGACGUUCGACGAGUUCCAGAGCACGCUUGGCGGGCUUGGGAAGGAUUUGGGGUCGAUGAACGUGGAUGAGUUGCUCAAGAACAUAUGGAACGCGGAGGAGAGCUACGCGAUCGCGGCGACCCUUGGUGAGGGCGGGGGUGGUGCAGGGGGCGCCCCUGGCCUCCAGCGACAGGGCUCCCUCACGUUGCCCAGGACCCUCAGCCAUAAGACGGUGGACGAGGUGUGGCGGGGCUUUGUCGACGCCUCCUCGUCCGGCCAGGGGCCGGUCGUCGGCGGCAGCUCCUAUGUCACGCGGCAGCCCACUCUCGGGGAAAUGACCCUCGAGGAGUUUUUGGUGCGAGCCGGGGUGGCGCGGGAGGAGUUGACACCACCGCCAGUGCCUCCGAGGCCGGCCGACACUAAAAUUAAUACCACCAGUAUGUUUUUUGGCGAUCUACCGACCAUAAGCAGUUCGACUGGGUUCUCUGUUGGAUUCAAUCGGGCGAAUCAAAGUAAUGGAAACGUAGCGAACGCACCAAUCCCUCACAGUUCAGCUGCCAAUUUUGGGAUGACGGUCACUGCAGCUAGACCUUAUGCAGCUCCGAUGCCCUUGGAAACUGGUGUGGACAUGGGAAACCCACAGGGGAUGCGAGGUGGAGGGCUCGUCAGCUUCGGUGAUGCUGGGAUGGACAACCAAUUGAUGAAAGGGAUGGUUGGGCUGGGCACAGCUGGAGUCGUGACCGCAAAGGGGUCGCCAGCUACUCAUCUGUCUCCAGAUGUACUCGGGAAAGCCAACGGAGAUCUGUCCUCAGUGUCGCCAGCUCCAUACACGGUUAACAGUGGGAUGAGGGGAAGGAAGCACAGUGGGGCCGUGGAGAAAGUUAUAGAGAGGAGGCAGAAGAGAAUGAUUAAGAACAGGGAGUCUGCUGCUAGAUCGCGUGCCCGGAAGCAGGCUUAUACCAUGGAGCUGGAAGCUGAAGUAGCAAAACUCAAAGAGCAAAACCAGGAAUUGCAGAAAAAACAGGCGGAGAUGUUGGAAAUGCAGAAGAAUCAGGCCUUGCAGAUGAUCAGUCAGCAAAAUGGACCAAAGAAACAGUGCUUGAGGAGGACACAAACGGGUCCAUGGUGAAGGCCAGCCUUGAUAAUGAUGGGUUGCACCGGAACAUCUCUUAUCAUGUCUCAUAGGCAGUUGUGUAUAUGGCACGGAAUUGCAUUGUUUGCUGUAGAAUCCAGUUGCUGUCUUGUAGAAGUAACUUCUUAUCCAUCUGGGUUUCCACGUCGUGUUCUUUUCUUGUAUGUUCUUGUUGUAGAUGGCUUUUCUCCUACCUAAUGGCUCAUCAUGGACUUUUUCCA